AUGCUACAACUAAGGGAACCCAAAAUGGUUCAUAGACAUCUAAAACUAGCCAUUUUAGGAAUAAUAGUCAUAGUCACAACGUUUUUCUUAAUUUCGUCUCUAAGUAAUCCAUCGUUGACUCAUAAAACCGAAUAUAAUUCACCCAAAUUACAGCUCGCAAAGGAAUUAGAAUUGAAUUCGAACUGGAAAGAAUUAGGAUUGAAUUUCCAACCAAAUAAAAAAUAUAGUUUACCAGAUGAAUCAACACUUCGACAACAACUUUCAUAUCAAUUCCCUUAUGAUGAAACCAAAUCAUUUCCUAAAAAUAUUUGGCAAACUUGGAAAGUCGGUAUUGAUGAUAAAUCAUUCCCUAAGAGAUAUUUGAAAUAUCAACAAACUUGGGCAGAUAAAAACCCUGAUUACAAGCAUUAUGUUGUCCCCGAUAAACAAUGCGAUUUGCUCGUUGAACAAUUAUAUUCACAAGUUCCUGAUGUUGCUAAAGCUUAUAAAAUCAUGCCGAAAUCGAUUUUAAAAGCAGAUUUUUUCCGAUACUUGAUUUUGUUUGCCCGUGGUGGGGUAUAUACGGAUAUCGAUACCGUUGGAUUGAAACCAAUUGAUGAAUGGAUAUCAAACACAGAGAUGAUUUUAGAAAAAACGAAUCGAUCUGGGCUUGUGGUUGGUAUUGAAGCCGAUCCAGAUCGCCCAGACUGGGCUGAUUGGUAUGCUAGAAGAAUCCAAUUUUGUCAAUGGACUAUACAACUGAAAAAGGGUCAUCCAAUGUUGCGUGAAUUGAUUGCUAAGAUUACUGAUAUUACUUUAACCAGACAUAAAAAGGGACAAUUGAAGAAAAUUUUGGGUAAGAAUGAAGGUGGUGAUAUUAUGAACUGGACAGGUCCUGGAAUUUUCACUGAUACAAUUUUUGAAUAUAUGAAUAAUAUUUUACAAUCACCAGAAGUUUUCAAAAAUAAAAAAAAAUGGGCCACAAUAAUUGAUUGGGAAUUGUUCACUGGCAUGGAACAACCAAUUGCUAUAGAUGAUGUUUUAAUAUUGCCCAUUACCUCAUUUAGUCCUGAUGUCAAUCAAAUGGGCGCUAAAGAUUCACAUGAUCCAAUGGCAUACGCAAAACAUAUGUUUCUGGGUAGUUGGAAAGAUGAUGGUAUGCCAGAAAUGCAGUAA